CUUUUAUUUAGGCUAUUUAGAUGUAGAUAAAAUACUUUAAGUAAGUUAGAGUAUUUCUUUCAGUACUUUAGGUAUUAAUUCAUUUCACUGCAUCUUGAGACGUUGAUAUGUUGGAUUAAGAACCAACAAUUAUAUCUCUAGUGUAGCUGGAAUUACUUGUAGGCAGAUUCCAGUGACGUAACUGCAACAUUCUAGUAAGAUGUUCGCACGAAAAUUCAUCUUACAAACAGUUUGUUGUUUGUUAGUUUUGUUGUUCGUGAUUUCACUCACUCAUGCAGCUGAUCAAUGCAGCAUAGAAGAAAACAACAGGUUCGACUGCUGGCCUGACAGGAGCGGCUCCACUGAAGAGGCAUGUAGCAGGAGAGGGUGCUGUUGGAAGCAAGCAACGUUCCCUGAUACUGCCCCCAACUGUUUUUAUCCGUCAGACUAUAAUGGAUACACCGCGACAGAGGUGACUAUGACGGCGGAAGGUAUAGAUGCAACGCUCGUCAGAUCGACUGCCAGCUUUUACUCCCCCGACGUCAAAGUCUUAAAGCUAAGAGUUGACUACCAAACGGAGUCUCGACUGAGAAUCAAGUUCUACGAUCCAAGCCACACAAGAUAUGAAGUUCCCCUGGAUGUUCCAACAGGCUCUAUCAAUGUGCAGAAUCCUCUGUACACAGUCAGCAUACAGAAACAACCUUUCAAUAUUGUGGUGUCUAGGACAUCAACAGGGGCUACAAUAUUUGAUACCACAGGAACAGCACCGCUAAUUUUUUCAGAUCAGUUUCUGCAAAUUGCCACCAAGCUUUCCACGAGCUAUCUGUAUGGCCUCGGUGAACAUCGCUCCUCGUUUAUACAGAUGUUAACAACAUGGAAGAGAGUUGCUUUUUGGAACAGAGAUGAUGUGCCCAAGGUAGAUAACAAUGGGUAUGGAACUCAUCCAUUUUUCUUGAACUUAGAGCAGUCCAGCGGUUCUCAAGAUGGUCCAUAUGAUGCACAUGGUGUAUUCUUAUUCAACAGCAAUGCAGGAGAAGUGGCGCUACAACCAUAUGGUCCAAUGCAGAGUGGUGCUAUAACAUUCAGGGCUUUAGGAGGAGUCUUAGAUUUCUUCAUCAUGAUGGGCCCUAGUCCAUUAGCUGUCUCUGCCCAGUACACUGACAUCAUUGGGCGACCAUACUUGCCGCCAUUUUGGUCCUUAGGGUUCCACCUUUGCAAAUAUGGAAUAGCCAACACCACUGUGCUUAAGGAUGUCAUUAAAAGGAACAGAGAAGCUGAGAUGCCAUAUGAUAUACAGUGGGGUGAUAUAGAUUACAUGAAUGCAUCAAAGGACUGGACCUAUGAUCAAGAAAACUAUGGUGAUUUGCCAAGUGUCAUUGAAGAUUUGCACAACAAUCAACAGCGAUAUAUUAUAAUUAUAGACCCCGCUGUAUCUGUAGAGCAGCCAGCUGGGACAUACCCACCCUUUGAUGAUGGACAGAAAAUGGACAUCUUUGUGAAAAAUGCUAGCAAUGAAAUUUUGAUUGGAAAACUGUAUUCUGGGUUGGUUGCCUUUCCAGAUUUUUUUCACCCACUAGCCUUUUUUUACUGGUACAAGCAAGCUCAAGACUUUCACAAACAACUGGCAUUUGAUGGAUUGUGGCUGGACAUGAAUGAACCUUCAAAUUUAUAUGCUAAUGGCUCUAUCCAUGGGUGUCCACAGACUUUGUUAGAUAACCCACCGUACAUCCCUGCAACUUUAGAUGGUGGAAGUCUUUUUAUACAUACGGUUUGUCCCUCUGCCAAGCAUGCAAUAUCAACACACUACAAUCUCCACAACUUAUUUGGUUGGUCAGAAUCCAACAUCACCAGAUCUGUUCUACACACUCUAUUUCCUAACAAAAGAACGCCAAUGAUAAGUAGAUCAACAUUUGCAAGUAGCGGAAGAUUUACCGGCCAUUGGAUGGGAGACAAUAGUGCACUGUUCACUGAUAUGUAUUAUUCAAUUCCUGCAAUUUUAAACUUUAAUCUCCUGGGAGUUCCUUUUGUUGGAGCUGAUAUUUGUGGAUUUUGGGGUACACCAACUCCAGAACUGUGUACCAGGUGGCAUCAGCUUGGAGCUUUUUACCCAUUCAUGAGAAACCACGCUAUAACGUUCCAUGACCCUGCCAUCUUCCCUGAGCCUUACAAAAGCUACAUACGUCAAGCUCUACAGCUGCGCUACACACUUCUAGCUGUUCUCUACACUGCUUUCUUCAGAGCACAUGUUGAUGGUCAUCCUGUUGUCCGACCUUUGUUUUACAGGUACAAAGGAACAGAAUACAUUGAUAAACAGUUCAUGUUGGGAGACUCAUUGAUGGUGGUACCUGUACUAGAAGAAAAUGCAAGACAAGUGAAUGCCUUUAUUCCGAAUGACACCUGGUACGAUUUUUACGAUCACAGUGUAGUAGUAGCUAAGACUACCUACAUAACACUAGAUGCACCUUUGGAAAAGAUUAACUUACUUGUGCGUGGUGGAUCUAUAAUUCCUCUUCUGCCAGCCGCUCAAAGAACAGAUAUUUCUCGCCAGGAAAAGUUUCAAAUUUUUGUUGCUCCUGAUGUUGAUGGUAAUGCACUGGGAGAACUUUUUUGGGAUGACGGAGAGAGCUUAGAUAGCAUUUCAUCAAAUGUGUUUUCCCAUAUAAUCUUCAGUUUGCAUGGAGAUACUCUUGUAAAUGUAAUACUGCGAUCAGCAUAUAAUCCACCUCAAGGUGUAAAAAUGGAUGAAGUUGUUGUAGGUAAUGUUCUACAGUCCCCAACAAAAGUAUCACUGAAUGGCUCACCAGUUACAUAUGAAUAUUUUCCUAAUACACAGUUGCUGAACAUCUGUGUAGAUUGGCCUCCAGUUUUUCUUAAAAUGGAUUCUUUAAAAUUCAUGAAACAGAAACUAACCAGAGAUCCAACAAGAUGGAAGCGCUUACAUGACACACAGCAACAGAAGCCGGAAGUCAAAUAUGACAAUAUUGAGAGUGCGUUGUACAAAUUAAGCAUUGACAAGCAUCAUAAAAAUGAUUCAAAAUGUAGAAAAUCUUUAGCCAAACUAUCUAUGAUAGUAGGCUGGUUACUUGUAGUAUGCUUGAUGGGUUUAGUGGCAUUAGUCUUAUACUCAGUGUUAUCAAAAGCUGUGAAAACACCAAAGGUUGAAGAAAACCAAUGUACUACGGAAGAAAAUAAUAGGUUUGAUUGCUGGCCUGAAAAGCAUGGCGCUACAGAGGAGGGGUGCAUCAGCAGAGGUUGUUGCUGGAAGAUGUCUUCUAUCCCUUAUUCUGCACCUUUCUGUUUUUUCCCAACCAACUACAAUGGAUACAAUGCUACAGAGGUCCUGAUAACAUCCACUGGCAUUGAUGCCACUCUAGUUAGAACUACCAACACAUUUUUCUCAACUGAUGUCAAAACUCUCAAGCUUAAAGUAGAGUAUCAAACUGAUACAAGGCUAAGAAUAAAGUUUUACGACCCAAGCAAUUCCCGUUACGAGGUGCCACUGCUAGUACCAUCUGGCUCUAUCAUUAGGAAUCCACUGUAUGAUGUGUCUGUACAAAAGGCACCUUUCAACAUCAAGGUGACAAGAGUAGAAACUGGAGCCACAACAUUUGACACCACAGAUACAGCCCCUUUGAUCUUCUCUGACCAGUACUUACAAAUUGCUACCAAGCUGUCCACCAAAUAUCUGUAUGGUCUAGGAGAACAUCGUAGCACUUUUGUUCAAGAUUUGUCCUAUUGGAAAAGACUGGUGUUUUGGAACAGAGAUGCAUCGCCCAGGGUUGAUAACAAUGGCUAUGGGACUCAUCCUUUUUUCCUUAACCUGGAGCCUUCAAAUGAUUCCACACCUGGACCAAGUGAUAGCCAUGGUGUUUUUCUACUCAACAGCAAUGCUGGAGAAGUAGCUCUCCAGCCUUAUGGCAGCCAGCUAGAUGGCGCUGUCACAUACAGGAUGCUGGGAGGAAUCCUUGACUUUUUUAUUGUCCUGGGACCCACACCUCUGUCUGUGGCAGCACAGUUCACAGAUAUCAUUGGAAGAACAUAUUUUCCUCCCUUCUGGUCCCUGGGCUUUCACAUCUGCAAAUAUGGGAUCCAUAACUCUUCAGAGCUUCAAGAUAUGAUUAAAAGGAACCGUGAUGCUAAUAUGCCAUAUGAUGUCCAGUGGACAGAUAUUGACUACAUGGAUGGACAUAAGGAUUGGACCUAUGAUAAGACUAAUUUUGCUGGACUACCGGGCAUUGUUCAAGACCUUCACAACAACCAGCAGAGAUAUGUUUUAAUGGCUGACCCAGCCAUAUCUAGUGAGCAGGCACCAGGCACUUACCCACCAUUUGAUGAUGGUAAACAGAUGGAUGUGUUUGUAAAAAAUGCCAGUGGGGACAUUCUGAUUGGAGCUGUUUGGCCAGGUAAAACAGCAUUCCCAGAUUUUUUUCACCCCAAUGCCUUCCAAUAUUGGUAUAAACAAGCUAGUGAGUUUCAUGCCAUACUUCCAUAUGACGGACUAUGGAUUGAUAUGAAUGAGCCUUCUAGUUUUAUUGAUGGAUCUACAGAUGGUUGCACAAAUUCUUCAUUGGAUAAUCCCCCUUUUGUUCCUGAAACUAUAGAUGGUGGAAGUCUGAUGUCUAAAACUAUUUGCCCUUCUGCUAAGCAUGCUGUGUCAACACAUUAUAAUCUACACAAUAUGUAUGGCUGGUCACAGGCCAACAUCACCAGACAGGUCCUGACGACACUACUACCUAACAAAAGGUCACCACUUAUAACACGCUCCAGCUAUGCAGGAAGUAGCAGAUACACUGGGCAUUGGCUAGGAGAUAACAAGUCAGAUUUUGAAGAUCUGUAUUACUCCAUUCCAGGUAUCCUGAACUUUAACUUGUUUGGAAUUUCUUUCAUUGGUGCUGACAUUUGUGGCUUUGGGGGUGUCACUACACCAGAGCUGUGUACUCGCUGGCACCAGCUUGGGGUUUUCUACACUUUCAUGAGGAAUCAUGCAGACUUAGCAUCUCCGGCACAAGAUCCUGGUACAUUUGAUGAUCCCUACAGAACUUACAUUCGUGAUGCUCUCAAACUACGUUACACUCUCCUGGCUGUGCUCUACACUGCCAUGUUUAAAGCCCACUCUGAGGGACUUCCAGUUAUAAGACCUCUGUUUUACUUGUACAAAGGUGUAGAAACCAUUGACCGCCAGUUUAUGUGGUGUGAUUCACUUAUGGUCGUACCAGUGUUGUUUGAUAAACAAACCACAGUGACUGCCUACGUUCCAAAUGACAGUUGGUAUGAUUUUUAUGUUGGUACCCCCAUCACAACAAGAGGAACUUACAUUCAACUUAAUGCUACCCUUGAUCACAUCAACGUUUUAUUACGUGGUGGCUCUAUUAUACCACUGCUACCUGCCACUGAGCGUACUGAUGUUGCACGACAGCAAAAGUUCAAAAUUCUUGUCGCCCUGAAUGACACUAAUGGCGCCACUGGUGAACUGUUUUGGGACGAUGGUGAAAGUCUGGACAGCGUGUAUGCCUUAAAGUUCUCUCAGAUUUACUUCUACAUGAAUAACAAGAACACUCUAAUGAGUCGAGUAGCCCAGGCAGGCUAUAACCCACCACAAGGUGUUAAGAUGAGUGAUGUUGUUGUCUAUGGGGUCUCUCAAGCUCCAUCUGCUGUUUCAGUCAAUGGAAACUCUGCUACAUUUUCUUACAACUCAGACUCUAAGGUCUCCAUUCUUCUUCAAAUGGAUUCUAUAAGUUACAUAAAACAUAAAUUUACCAGAGAGCCAACACAUUGGAAGCACUUACAUGAUGCAUAUUACCAGAAGCCAGAAGUCAAAUAUGACAAUAUUGAGAGUGCGUUAUACAAAUUAAGCAUUGACAAGCAUCAUAAAAAUGAUUCAAAAUGUAGAAAAUCUUUAGCCAAACUAUUUAUGAUAGUAGGAUGGUUACUAGUAGUAUGCUUGAUGGGUUUAGUGGCAUUAGUCUUAUACUCAGUGUUAUCAAAAGCUGUGAAAACACCAAAGGUUGAAGAAAACCAAUGUACUACAGAAGAAAACAAUAGAUUUGAUUGCUGGCCUGAAAAAUAUGGCACUACGGAGGAGGGCUGCAUCAGCAGAGGUUGUUGCUGGAAGAUGUCUUCAUUUCCAUACUCCGCGCCCUUCUGUUUUUUCCCAACAAACUACAAUGGAUACAAUGCUACAGAGGUGCUGAUAACAUCCAAUGGCAUUGAUGCUACUCUAGUUAGAACUACCAACACAUUUUUCUCAACUGAUGUCAAAACUCUCAAGCUUAAAGUAGAGUAUCAAACUGAUACCAGACUAAGAAUAAAGUUUUACGACCCAAACAAUGCCCGUUACGAGGUGCCACUGCUAGUACCAUCUGGCUCUAGCAUUAGGAAUCCACUCUAUGAUGUGUCUGUACAAAAAGCACCUUUCAACAUCAAGGUGACAAGAGUAGAAACUGGAGCCACAAUAUUUGACACCACAGAUACAGCCCCUUUGAUCUUCUCUGACCAGUACUUACAAAUUGCUACCAAGCUGUCCACCAAAUAUCUGUAUGGUAUAGGAGAACAUCGCAGCACUUUUGUUCAAGAUUUGUCCUAUUGGAAAAGACUGGUGUUUUGGAACAGAGAUUCUUCCCCCAGGGUUGAUAACAAUGGCUAUGGGACUCAUCCUUUUUUCCUUAACCUGGAGCCCUCAAAUGAUUCCACACCUGGACCCAGUGAUAGCCAUGGUGUUUUUCUGCUCAACAGCAAUGCUGGAGAAUUGGCAUUACAGCCUUACAGGAGCUCAGGUGCUGUCACCUACCGUAUGCUGGGUGGGAUUCUCGAUUUCUUCAUUGUACUGGGACCCAAGCCCCUGACUGUGGCAGCCCAGUUUACAGAAAUUGUAGGCCGAACUUAUUUCCCACCAUUUUGGGCUCUUGGCUACCACUUGUGUAAGUGGGGAUACUAUAAUGACAGUGGGCUUUGGAAUGUGAUACACAGAAACAGGAAUUUUUCAAUGCCUUAUGAUGUCCAGUGGACAGAUAUUGAGUACAUGGAUGGGUACAAGGACUGGACAUACGACAAAUCUAAUUUCUCUUCUCUACCCAGCAUUGUUCAAGACCUUCACGACAAUCAACAGAGAUAUGUCAUAAUGGCAGACCCAGCCAUAUCUAGUGAGCAGGCACCAGGUACUUACCCACCUUUUGAUGAUGGUAAACAGAUGGAUGUGUUUGUAAAAGAUGCCAGUGGGGACAUUCUGAUUGGAGCUGUUUGGCCAGGCAAAACAGCAUUCCCAGAUUUUUUUCACCCCAAUGCCUUCCAAUAUUGGUAUAAACAAGCCAGUGAGUUUCAUGCCAUACUUCCAUAUGACGGACUAUGGAUUGAUAUGAAUGAGCCUUCCAGUUUUGUUGGUGGGUCUACAAAAGGUUGCACAAAUUCUUCAUUGGAUAAUCCCCCUUUUCUUCCUGAAACUAUAGAUGGUGGAAGUCUGAUGUCUAAAACUAUUUGCCCAUCUGCUAAGCAUGCUGUGUCAACACAUUAUAAUCUACACAAUAUGUAUGGCUGGUCACAGGCCAACAUCACCAGACAGGUCCUGACGACACUACUACCUAACAAAAGGUCACCACUUAUAACACGCUCCAGCUAUGCUGGAAGUGGCAGAUACACUGGGCAUUGGCUAGGAGAUAACAAGUCAGAUUUUGAAGAUCUGUAUUACUCCAUUCCAGGUAUCCUGAACUUUAACUUGUUUGGAAUUUCUUUCAUUGGUGCUGACAUUUGUGGCUUUGGGGGUGUCACUACACCAGAGCUGUGUACUCGCUGGCACCAGCUUGGGGUUUUCUACACUUUCAUGAGGAAUCAUGCAGACAUUACAUCCCCAGCACAAGAUCCUGGUACAUUUGAUGAUCCCUACAGAACUUACAUUCGUGAUGCUCUCAAACUGCGUUACACUCUCCUGGCUGUGCUCUACACUGCCAUGUUUAAAGCCCACUCUGAAGGACUCCCCGUCAUAAGACCUCUGUUUUACUUGUACAAAGGUGUAGAAACCAUUGACCGCCAGUUUAUGUGGAGUGAUUCACUUAUGGUCAUACCAGUCUUGUUUGAUAAACAAACCACAGUGACUGCCUACAUUCCAAAUGACAGUUGGUAUGAUUUUUAUGUUGGUACCCCCAUCACAGCAAGAGGAACAUACAUCCAACUUAAUGCUACGCUUGAUCACAUCAACGUUUUAUUACGUGGUGGCUCUAUUAUACCGCUGCUACCUGCCACUGAGCGUACUGAUGUUGCACGACAGCAAAAGUUCAAAAUUCUUGUCGCACUGAAUGACACUAAUGGUGCCACUGGUGAACUGUUUUGGGAUGAUGGGGAAAGUCUGGACAGUAUAUCAGCCAGGAAGUUCUCACAGAUUUAUUUCUAUAUGAAUAACAAGAACACUCUAAUGAGUCGAGUAGCUCAGGCAAGCUAUAACCCACCACAAGGUGUAAAGAUGAGUGAUGUUGUUGUCUAUGGUGUCUCUCAAGCUCCAUCUGCUGUUUCAGUCAAUGGAAACUCUGCUACAUUUUCUUACAACUCAGACUCUAAGGUGUUAAAUAUUACUGGUCUGGAUGUGGAUUUGUUGAGAACAUUUACAGUCACCUGGAGCUAAAAGCAGUUAAAGU